GGCGAACAUGUUCUCAGUGAGGGUCGUGACCGCCGAUUACUACAUGAGCAGCCCUCUGCCCGGCCUGGACCCCUGCCAGUCCCACUUCAGGGAGGCCCCGGUCAGGAGGGUGCCGGUGGUGAGAGUCUUCGGAGCCACGCCGUCAGGUCAGAAGACUUGUCUCCAUUUACAUGGCAUCUUUCCUUAUCUGUAUGUUCCCUAUGAUGGUUAUGGGCAACAGCCAGAAAAUUAUCUUCGUCAUUUGGCAUUCAGCAUUGACCGAGCACUCAAUGUAGCUUUAGGAAACCCAUCCUCUUCUCUUCAGCAUGUGUUCAAAGUGUCACUAGUUUAUGGAAUGCCUUUUUAUGGUUACCAUGAAAAGGAAAGACAGUUUAUGAAGAUCUACCUUUACAAUCCUGCUAUGGUGAAAAGAGUAUGCGAGCUUCUACAAGGUGGAGCCAUAAUGAAUAAAUUUUACCAACCUCAUGAAGCUCAUAUUCCCUACCUCCUCCAGCUGUUUAUAGAUUACAACUUGUAUGGAAUGAAUUUAAUAAACCUGGCUGCUGUGAAGUUCAGAAAGGCAAAGAAAAAAGGUGAUUCGUUGGAUGGAAUUGAAUGUGUUAGAGAUCAUUUAUCAGGACAUUCGACUACCAGUGCCCUUCUUCGAUGGGAAGAUAACCAAAUACCAAGCUCUUUAAUACUAGAGGACGUUGAACCACAGAGUACCUGUGAGUUGGAAGUGGAUGCAGUGGCUGCAGAUAUUUUAAACAGAUUGGAUAUUGAAGCCCAGAUUGGUCGGAAUCCAGGUUUGCAAGCAAUAUGGGAAGAUGAGAAACAACGUCGUAGAGAGAACAAGGAGUCCUCUCAGAUUAGUCCUCCUAAUUCCCAAGAUCGUGGAUUUGUGACUGCUACGGAGAGUGAAAAAAUCUUUCAGAAGAGGCUUAAAGAAAUCCUCAAGCAAAGUGAUCUCUCUGUGACAUUAUCUGGAUCAGUAAAUUGUGGCAGUGGAUCACCAGAUUUCUCUGCUGAAUUAACACUACAUUCUGAGGUAGAAUCUCCAACUGUUGUUCCAUGUUCACCAGCCAGUAUGGUAGAAGUGCAUAGUGAUAAAGAACUAAACAAAGAGGAAACUAGUGAUAAUUAUAAAGAAGAAGAAGCUCUUAUUAAUGAAGAAGCCAUUCUGAGUGUUAUGGAAAAUAGUCAGCAUUUCCAACCUUCAUCUCGGAGAUUAACUAAAACGCCAGUUUUCAUGGACAGUAGUGCUGAUCAAGCCGUGAUGAAUCUCUUGGCUGGUUUGGAGGAUGAAGGCUAUGAAAUUGGAGAGCAAAGAACUUUAUUGCAACAUUUUUCUCCUGGAAGCUGUAGGAAUCUCCACAACAGUGAUGAUGAAGAAAAUGAGCCACAAAUUGAAAAGGAAGAAAUGGAGCUCAGUUUGCUAAUGUCCCAACGAUGGGACAGCAACAUUAAUGAUGCCAGUGAAAAAAGAAGGUCAGUUGGCAGAAGUAAGAAUCCGAGCUCAACUGAAGACAGCUCUUCAGAAGAUGAGAUGGAUUGGAGUGGUAAUGAUUUGCUUCUGGCAAGUCUGUCUAUACCUCAGUUAGAUGGAACAGCAGAUGAAAACAGUGACAAUCCUUUGAAUGAUGAAAGUUCUCGAACGCACACAUCUGUAAUUGCAGCAAGCAAAACUUCUACAAAGACUUCAAUUUUUCACAAAGAUGAUGCUACUCUGGAACCCCCAUCUUCAGCUAAGAUUACUUUUCAGUGUAAACACACAAGUGCCCUUUCUUCUCAUGUUUUGAACAGUGAUGACUUGGAAGGGCUUUCUCAGCCAAACAAGAGGGACGCAAGACCCGACUUUUUGAUCAGUUCUUUUACAAAAGAAAGCACUUACAAUGUGAAAUACCCAACACCCUUCAACAGUAUCCUCCAUUCUGAGAAUGUACACAAGGAAAGUAAUAAAAGUGAAACACUCCAGGUUUUGUGUGAAACCACUUACGAAGACCUCUCCUCAGCAAGCAGACACCUGCCUAGCAGGAAGUACACUGGCAUCAGAAAGGCUACCAAGGAUAUCUCUUUGUCUGUGAACCACCAAAUGGAUGAAUGCAGUUUCCUUAAAAAUUCUGACUUUUCAGAUUUUGACCAUUCCAAAAAUAAAACAUUAUCUGAAGCAAAUAAAAAUGCUGGUAGCACAACUAUAAAUAGCCUUUGUUCAGCACCAGAAAAUUGUGAUUUAGUGUCUUUCUCAGAGGUUAAUAGAACUAUUAUUCAUUCCGCUGUAAGUAACACUGAUGAAGACAGCCUUAAUAACCUUAAAAUUAGAUAUGAAGAAUUUCAGGAACAUAAAGCAGAAAAAACAAACCCUAGCCAACAAACAUCACAUUACAUGUUUUUUCCUAGUGUUGUUCUUUCUAAUUGUCUCAGUCAGCCACAGAAGUUAGGUCCUGUGACAUAUAAACUGCCACAAGGCAAAAAGCAAACUAGGUUAAAACUAAAUAAGAAGAAAUUCAGUCUUAGCCAUCAACAGGAGUCUGCAAGUCUCAAUGCAUCCACAAUAGAAAGCUGCUAUUUACAAGGUGAUGCUAAUAAUGAUAUUCCUGAUAAGUUCAGUCUGCUACCAAAUGAUAUUCAAGUUCCUCAAGGUGCUUUUCUAAACAAAAUGUCUAUGGAUACUAGUAACUGUAUUGACUGCCGCUCUGGAGCUGAAACUCAAGAAGCCGAACAAUCAUUUGGGCUGUGUGGAAAUAAAUACACACUACGUGCUAAACGUAAAAUAAAUUAUGAGACUGAAGACAGUGAAUCUAGCUUUGGCAUGCACCGUUCAAAAAUUAGCCUACCUCAUUGCAUAGAAAAUGAUGAAAAUGUAGAUGGGUCUAAAAAGUCUCAAAAACGAAGAAAACUUUCUAAAAAAUUACCACCUGUUAUUAUAAAAUAUAUAAUUAUUAAUAGAUUUAGAGGGAGAAAAAAUAUGCUUGUUAAACUUGGGAAAAUAGAUUCUAGUGAGGAGCAAGUGAUACUUACAGAGGAAAAGAUGCAUUUAUAUAAAAAGCUUGCACCUUUAAAAGACUUUUGGCCAAAAGUUCCUGAUUCUCCUGCAACCAAAUAUCCUAUUUAUCCAUUAACACCAAAGAAAAGUCACAAAAGGAAAGCAAAAUGUAAAUCUGCUAAGAAGAAGAUUGGGAAACUACAAAAUAUGAAAAGUAAGAAUAUUAAGAGAACUCUAUAUUUCAGAAAAAGAACACAUGCUUUUCUUUCUCCCCCUCUUCCAUCAUAUAGUGCUGAAGCUGAAGACUGUGAUUUGAACUAUAGUGAUGUUAUGUCUAAACUAGGUUUUCUCUCCGAAAGAAGUGCAAGUCCGGUUAAUGUAUCUCCACCUCGCUGCUGGUCUCCCACUGAUCCAAAUGCAGAAGAAAUUAUGACUAAUCUAGAAAAAGAAACUUUGGUGUUUAAAAAUGCUAAUGUUUACAGCAGUAAGACUGUUAUUUCCGUGCAUAAAAGACAUAGCCAAUCAAAAACUCAGGUUAAGAAAUGUAGAAAGCAAUUUGCUGGUGCUACUGUACGAACUAAUACAAAGAACAAGAGCAACCUAACUAAUAAAGCAGGAAAUGAAGUUAAGAAGAAGCCUAGAGCAAAACUGAAACAAAAAAUAGAAAAAGUCUCCAAGUCCAUAACAGCUACAGAUGAAAAACAUAAUUAUCUUCCAGGAACAGAAGUUAAACUUGUACUGAAGCACCAUGAUUUACCUGAGAACAUUCAGAGCUUGGGAAACUUUCAGCCACUCUUUACACAGAAAGAUAUGCCUCCCACUGGCUAUUCAACAGGACACCUACCAUCAACACCACUCCCACUAACAGCUACUGCUCAAGGAAAUCCACUGAUGUAUUUCCAUGCACUCUUGGAAAAUGAAAAACCUAUAGGGUGCCAAGGUUCCCCCUUGACACAGGAAAACCUUCAUCCGGCCAUAGCUUCUGUGGUGUCAGGAAGGGAAAAAGCCAAAAUAAACUUCCAAAGAUCUAAUAGUCAAAGUGGUAUAUUUAGAACAAAAGAAACCACCUUAGUUCAAAAUAACGUGUUCGACCAGUCUAAUCAUAUAUCUCAGGUAGCACUGAAUAUGUACAAUUCUAAAGACAUGUCUAAAAAAGCAGAUGAGAUUACAAAUGCACAAAGCAGGCUUUUAUGUUCUGCUGGUAAGGCGAUCGAAAAUGUCAGUACUUCAGACACAAUAAAAACUGAUCAGAUGCAUUCUAGUAAUUUUUUGCACUGUAAGGAUAGUCAGCAGCAGAUAGUUUACCUUCCAGAAGCAACAAAACAUGCUGAUCAUAUUUCUUCUUUUUUUAAAACUUCUGAGGAAAGCCAUGGACCUUUUCAGUUGCCAAAAAAAUGCUUUGUAGCUUCUUUGAGAAGUCCAGUUAAAAAACUAGGAUGGGAGCAGAAACAGAGAGGAUUCAUUUUGGAUAUGUCACAUUUUAACCCUGAAAAAAACAUAAAACAGCAUGCUGUAUCAGAAACAGUCUCUCAAACCAAAAUGGAUUCCCAGUGCAUAGGUAAGACUCUAGUUCCUUCUGCAUUUGGUGAAGCACAUUCUGGUUUGGCUGUUCUAAAGGAAUUGCUCCAAAAGAGGCAGCAAAAAGCACUAGUUCAUAACAUGCAUGAACAAAUGUCAGUUAAACCUCAGCUGACUAGUGGUGUUUCUUAUCCCCUUGUUCAAAAUAAAUUAAUCAAAAGAACACGUUCAGUCGUAACACCAAGAAAACCUCGAGCUCCUAAAGACAAGAAGCCUAAAGAGAAACCACAAAAGCUUCUAAAAGAGCCUGCGAAGCAACAUAAUAGUAAAACUGUCCAUAUCAUAUCUGAUAGUCCUGUUUUUUAUUCAGACCCAGGUUUUGAGAGCUGUUACUCACUUGAAGACAGUCUAUCGCCUGAUCAUAAUUAUAACUUUGAUAUUAAUACCAUAGGGCAGACUGGAUUUUGUAGUUUAUAUUCUGCCAGUCAGUUUGUUCCAGCAGAUCAAAAUCUGCCACAGAAAUUUCUGAGCGAUGCUACUCAGGAUCUUUUUCCUGGACAAACGGCAGAAACUGAUUUUUUGAAUCAUAAUAGCAAAAUGUCUAAAGAAGAAAAUCAUUAUUCAGAUCCAACCACAUGGUUAAGAUCUGGUCCACUAAGUCCUCAAGUGUUUGAUAAAAGGCUUUUGGAUAACAAUGAAAACCAUCUCCACAGUGUGUGGAAAAAUAAUGUUCUUCCAUCAGCAUCUCAGCCUAGCUCACCAGUAGAUGUGCAAGGGGAAGAAAUAUGCCAGAAGGAACAAUUCCAGUUGGACAGAAAUACUGUGAAGAAAGGGAUUUUUCUUAAUCUUUCAUCACCAAAUAGUGAGUGGAGUCAAAACCACUUUAGAAAGGAAGCUGCUUUUGAAUCAGGUCAGCCACUUGACUCUGUUAGCAUCUCCUUUUCUUCUAUAUUGUCUUCACCAGAUGGUGAACUUAUGGAUGCAGCUUCUGAAGAUUUAGAGUUGUAUAUUUCAAGAAAUAAUGGAUUAACACCAACCCCAGAUAGUUCACCAAGAUCUACAAAUUCACCUUCACAGUCAAAAAAUGGAAGUUCUCGUGCUGCACACAUCCUUAAACCUCUAAUGUCACCUCCAAGUCGUGAAGAAAUCAUGUCAACUUUAGUGGAUCAUGAUCUUGCAGAAGCCAUAUAUCAAGAACCAUUUUGCAGCAAUCCUUGUGAUGCACCAGAAAAGCCCAGAGAGAUUGGAGGAAGGCUACUUACCGUUGAAACAAGACUUACAAAUGAUCUGCUUGAAUUUGAGGGAGACUUCUCACUGGAAGGACUACGGCUGUGGAAGACUGCUUUUCUUGCAAUGGCUCAAAGUCCUAGACCUGGUUCUCCUCUUCGGAAUAGCCAGUCCCCUGCUGAUAAAAAACAAAGAAAUAGCCAUAAAACUGGUGAAGAAAAAAAAAUAGUGAUUAUGCCUUGUAAAUGUGCACCAACUUCCCAACAAGUUGAAUCAUGGCUUCAGGCCAAAGAAGAUUAUGAACUCUUCAGGAAAAGAACUGCCAUUAUAAGGACUGAGACAGCAACAGCUACUAAUAAUUUGAAACAUAUCUCUUUACCUAAAAAUCUAUGUUUUGAAAUGGCCAAGGGAGCUGAGUGUUCUGACUUACCCAGUGUUGAAGUUAGCAAAUCUGCUGUGCAUUCAGAAGUUUUUUGCGUUUCAUCAAAUCCUACACCACCACAGACAACGGGAAACAGUGAUACAAAUAAUGCAGAACUGAAUAAGAGUGGGCUCAGAAACAGGCCUCUGCCACUUGUCCCUGCAGCGAUAGAGACAGAAAGAAAUGAGGAAGAGGAGGAAUAUGUUAAUUAUAGUUCACCUGAUUCACCAGCUCUUCCUCCUUGGCAACAAGUAGCAUCCUCUGAUUCCAAACAGUCUUGUUCGGAGGAUUCAGAGGAUAUAUUGUUCUCUGUGGAAGAAAGUAAAACACUAGCCAAGAAAGCACAGAAGCUUGUCAAAGAGGAAGGCAAGGUACCCUUCAGGGUGUCCCCAUCAAGAGAAUGUGAUGGCAAUUCUGAACCAGUUUGCUUCCACAGCACACCAAUUAGGGAGAAAAAGUGUCAAGAAACAGUACCAGAAGCACUUACAUUUACCCCAUUCUUACCGGGACCAAAAAUCCAGAAAUUGAAUCACAGAAGAGGAAGUAAUGUUGAUGCUCUUCGAAAAGUACUUUUAACCACACAAGUUAAGAAUCAAUUCACUGCCAGAAGUGCUCCAAAGAAAGAGACAUCUCAGAUUGAAGGGCCGUCUUUAAACAACUCCUAUGGUUUUAAAAUAAGUAUACAAAAUCUUCAAGAAGCAAAGGCUUUACAUGAGGUUCAGCACCUUACACUCCUCAGUAUAGAAUUACAUGCUCGAACAAGAAGAGACUUGGAGGCAGAUCCUGAGUUUGAUCCUAUCUGUGCUUUAUUCUACUGCAUCUCAUCUGACACACCAAGACCAAAUACUAAUAAAAUGGAAAUUACUGGUGCUAUAGUGAUUGAUAAAGACAGAGCACGAACAAUCAUAUGCCAAGGUAACAGAGAACAUGCACCUUUGCUUACAAGAUCUGGUAUCUCAGGAUUGGAAGUCACCUAUGCUACUGAUGAGAGGGCACUUUUCCAGGAGGUAGUGAAUAUUGUUAAAAGGUGUGAUCCGGAUAUUUUAUUAGGCUAUGAAGUCCAAAUGCAUUCUUGGGGAUACCUCUUACAGAGGGCUGCUGCCCUAGGUGUUGAUUUAUUCCAGAUGAUCUCUCGUGUUCCAGAUGACAAAAAAGAGAAUAGAUUUGCUUCAGAGCAAGAUGAAUAUGGGUCUGAUACAAUGAGUGAAAUAAACAUUGUCGGACGGGUUAUCUUAAAUAUCUGGAGAAUUAUGAGAAAUGAGGUGACUUUAACUAAUUAUACCUUUGAAAACGUGGGCUUUCAUGUACUUCACCAGCGCUUUCCACUGUUUACCUCUCGCGUUCUGUCUGAUUGGUUUGACAACAAGUCAGACAUUUAUAGGUGGAAAAUGGUUGAUUAUUACAUUAGCCGUGUUCGUGGGAAUCUCCAGCUGUUAGAUCAUCUGGACUUGAUUGGCAGAACAAGCGAAAUGGCAAGGCUGUUUGGCAUUCAGUUCUUGCAUGUGUUAACAAGGGGGUCACAGUACCGUGUGGAGUCAAUGAUGUUACGCAUUGCUAAACCAAUGAAUUAUAUUGCUGUGACUCCUAGUGUCCAGCAGCGUGCUCAAAUGAGAGCCCCACAAUGUAUUCCUCUAAUAAUGGAGCCAGAGUCUCGUUUCUACAGUAAUGCUGUCCUUGUACUAGACUUCCAGUCUUUGUAUCCAUCUAUAGUAAUAGCAUACAAUUACUGUUAUUCUACGUGCUUGGGACAUGUUGAAAACUUGGGAAAAUAUGAGGAAUUUAAAUUUGGAUGCACAUCUCUGAGAAUAACUCCAGAUUUACUGUAUCAACUCCGGCAUGAUAUUACAGUAUCACCUAGUGGAAUUGCUUUUGUCAAGCCUUCUGUAAGAAAGGGUGUAUUGCCAAGAAUGCUAGAAGAAAUUUUGAAGACUCGAAUAAUGGUGAAGCAGUCAGUGAAAACUUACAAGCAUGACAAAGCUGUCACUCGAAUGCUUGAGGCACGGCAGCUUGGUCUUAAACUUAUAGCUAAUGUCACUUUUGGUUAUACCGCUGCUAAUUUUUCUGGAAGGAUGCCAUGUAUAGAGAUUGGCGACAGUAUUGUGCACAAAGCCAGAGAAACUUUGGAGCGAGCAAUAAAACUGGUGAAUGAUACCAAAAAAUGGGGAGCAAGAGUUGUGUAUGGGGACACAGACAGCAUGUUUGUACUUCUGAAAGGCGCUACUAAGGAACAGUCUUUUAAGAUUGGCCAAGAAAUUGCUGAAGCUGUAACAGCUACCAACCCCAAGCCGGUAAAACUGAAGUUUGAGAAGGUUUAUUUGCCAUGUAUUCUACAAACCAAGAAAAGAUACGUUGGUUACAUGUAUGAAACACUGGACCAGAAGGACCCAGUAUUUGAUGCCAAAGGCAUAGAAACUGUUAGAAGAGAUUCUUGCCCUGCUGUUUCCAAGAUACUUGAGCGUUCUAUCAAACUGCUGUUUGAAACACGAGAUAUAAGUCAGAUCAAGCAGUUUGUACAAAAUCAAUGCAUGAAGUUAUUAGAAGGCAAAGCCAGCAUGCAAGACUUCAUCUUUGCAAAGGAGUACAGAGGAAGUUCUGCUUACAGACCAGGAGCCUGUGUUCCAGCUCUAGAAAUCACAAGGAGGAUGCUUGCAUAUGAUCGGCGGUCUGAGCCAAGAGUUGGUGAAAGAGUGCCUUAUGUCAUUGUGUAUGGCAUUCCAGGAUUACCUCUCAUACAGCUAGUAAGGCGACCCAUUGAGGUUCUACAAGAUUCUAACCUAAGGCUGAAUGCAACGUACUACAUCACCAAGCAAAUUCUUCCUCCAUUGGCUAGAAUACUGUCACUUGUUGGCAUUGAUGUUUUUAGCUGGUAUCAUGAAUUACCAAGGAUCCAGAAAGCUGCCACCACUUCCCACAAUGAGCAAGAAAGCCGUAAAGGAACAAUUUCCCAGUAUUUCACUACUUUACAUUGUCCAGUUUGUGAUGAAUUGACUCAACAUGGGAUCUGCAGUAAAUGUAGGAGUCAGCCUCAGCACGUAGUGGUGAUUCUUAAUCAAGAAAUCCGAGAACUGGAGCGUAAACAUGAACACCUGACUAAGAUAUGCAAGAACUGUACAGGUUGCUUGGAUCGGCAGAUACCAUGUGUUUCUCUGAACUGUCCAGUACUUUUCAAGGUGUCCAGAGUGAGUAGAGAAUUAUCUAAGGCACCCUAUCUUCACCAACUACUUGACCAGUUUUAGAUUACCUUUUUCACAAGACUCCUGGUGCUAUUAUUUCAAUGUUUACUACUCUUUGCUAUCAUGCAUGGUCCAUCUAUUUCAUCUU